AUGGCAAUCAGUACUCCUCUUGUUGUGAUAGCCUUUUUUGUUGUUUUUCCUAGCAUGGUUUUGGCAAAACAGUAUGUUGUUGGAGAUGAUGAAGGCUGGGAUGGUAAUGUUGAUUACCAAGCUUGGGCAGAUGACAAAACUUUCAAACUUGGAGAUGUUUUAAUAUUCAAAUACGAUGCUGGUAGCCAUAACGUUGCUCAAGCGUUUAAUGCUGAUGGCUAUGACAGUUGUACUUCAUCACCAGAAUUGGGUGUGUACACCAGUGGCAAUGACGCUUUAACUUUCAAUCUUGUUGGGAGCUAUUAUUUCUUAUGUGACUAUCACUGUGACUCUGAUCAACACAAAGUUAUGAUCAAUAUUGUUACAUAG